AUCUAUUCCAGCCAGGAAGUAAUCUAAAAACGACUUUGACUUUAUUUACCCUAUUUUUUAUUGGCCACAGGUGCGACGUCAAUUGGGAUUGAAACCAUGUGGCUUCAACAGAGAUUAAAAGCACUACCCAGUCUGCUCUCGAGCAGCUGGGCGAGACGUGUCUUAGUCGUCCUGCUUCUCUUCCUAAUCUUCUACUGGUACCGGAGUGCCGACGGCCUCCUCAAGUUCCCCAGUUUAUUCAGGAGCACGGGAGGCGCCGCCGGGAUCUGCCUGCAGACCGACGUCAACCGAUGGACGCAGCUCGUCGAACAAGGAGAAGGCAUCCUAAAUUCGCCUCAGACGAAUGUACCGUUGCCGUUCGUUACCGGAAACGGACACAUCCUAGUGGACGUGGAUUCCAACAAGCUCUGGGUGGCGUCGUCGUCCCUGCCCGGAUCGGCUCCGAUCCACCAGACCGAAUAUUCCCCCAUAGUGCAAUUGCAGGUUCCCGCCAAGCAAUCCGAAGCCCAGGUGAAGAUGGUAUGGUAUCGCAAAGGCUCUGUGCUUUCUUCACGCUGCGUCCUGAUCGGUAAUUCUCAGGCGUCUCGAGACUGCAUCAUCAUUAGGGAAGAAUACAUAGCCCACCGAAGCAGACCGAACGUCUACAUACAGCGUGUUCACGUCAGCAAUCCGACAGACAAAGGGGUAUCGAUCGAAGCCUUCGUGGACCCGUCGUCAUUCAGGAGCACAGCAGAGAAGAUGGAAGAUAAGGAGUUCACGCUGUCCACAGGAAAGGUUCUGACUGAGAAGAAGGACACAGUGUUGCUGGCUGUGGCAACAAAACGACUCAACGCACACUUUCAGGUCUCUGCAAAAUCAGAGUACGCUGAAAAUAUAGUAAGUGUGAUUCACACCUCAGAGCCUAUCGAGCCCUACAAGGUAGAGGAGACCAUGAACAAGCUCCGAGAUGCGGUCAAAAAAGAGAUGGUGGAGGUCCUGAGAGUGAAUUUGGAGGACAUGGUGCAGGAGCAUCAGCAAGUGUGGACGGAUUUUUUCAUUUCUGGUAUUGAGAUCCGAAAAAUCACAGAUGCCCACACACCGUCAAGCCGUACGGUUAACACCACACUCUACUACAUCCUCUCCACGUCCACGGCGCCCCUACUGGAGAGCAGCCUUAACCCAGAGGAGCGCGAGAAGCUCGAGUCUAGCCUGAACUACGCCGACCACUGCUUCAGCGGCCACGCCACCAUGCACGCCGAGAACCUGUGGCCCGAGCGCGUGACCGGCCCCGCCGCCCUCCUGCAGCUGGUCAAUCUCUGGACGCUGACCCUCCAGAAACGAGCCUGCAAGGCCCUGGUGUCGGCGGGCGCUCACGGCAUGAUGCAGGCGGUGACUCUGAGCUUCGGCGGGCUGCAGUUCACCGAGAACCAUUUACAGUUUCAGGCUGAGCCGAGCGUCCUGCACAACAGCUACUCGCUGCGGGGCCUCCGGUACCAUCGCGACCGGAUCAGCCUCUCCGUAGUGGCCGACGCAGAGGGCCGGCCCUCUCUGCACGUCUCCGUGAAACCGCAGGACGAGGACAAGCCGGUGAAGCUGUACGCGUGCGAAGCCGGGUGCAUUAGCGAGCCGGUGGAGCUGACAUCCGAACCCCGCGGCCACGUUUUUCCCGUUUUGGUCACCCAGCCACUGACGCCGCUGCUUUACAUCUCAACCGAUCUGAGGCAUCUGCAAGAUCUGCGCCACACGCUGCACGUCAAGACCAUCCUGGCACACGACGAGCACAUGGCCAAGCAGGACCCGGGGCUGCCCUUCCUUUUCUGGUUCAGCGUGGCGUCACUGGUCAUUCUGUUCCAUCUGUUUCUGUUCAAGCUGAUCUACAAUGAGUACUGUGGCCCCGGCGCCAAGCCUCUCUUCAGGAGCAAGCAUCUGGAUGAACUCUAGACACUUUGACACUAUCAGGUAAUGAAAGGACUAUGAGUCAAGAUUGGAUCAUCACCCAUGGCUACAAUGAAAUCAAUAAUUAUGGCUAUUAUUUUACAAAUAUUGAUUUUUCAGAGCUAUAUAUUUUUCCAUUAAUGUACUGACUUAUAUUGGACUUGGACUUAAUUAAGCUGAAUACAAGAUGUUUUACAAAAGCUUUAGACUUCUGACUUUAGAUUUUUACAACUACAUAUCAUGAUGCAGCCCUACAGCCUAUUGUACUUUAUAACAUUAUCUAGAGUUCCUUUAAUAUAAGCUAAAAAGUUUAUAUUUAGCUGCUGUCCUGUGUCAAUACCCUAUACAAUACUUUGUAUACUUAGCAACUUAAGGACUUUGGACGUAGAUAUGAAAUGAAAGUGACUUAAACUAGAUUUUGACUUGAUUUAGACUUGAGCUGAUGACUUGAGGUUGGACUUGAAAUUGAGUCCAAGUGAUAUAGUAACAACAUAGUCAUGAAAGGUUUGUGCUGGGAGGUUAGAGCUUGUUUCAGGGGUAAAGAAGGUUAAGAUUUAAUGUACCAUUCAUUCAGCUCUCCAGAUCUUCCAAUAAAGCUUUGAUGAUGAUUAAAUUUGGUUAUUGGGGUCUGCAUAAAAGGAGCUUAAUUUCAUACUGAUGUUAAUUUACAUUACUGAUACAGAUGUUACUAAUACUUCAUACUGAUGUUAGUAUACAUUACAGCGUUCUUAUCCUGGAAUACAGGAAUGUUAUUAAGAAGGGCGGCACGGUGGCUCAGUGGGUAGCACAUUGUCCCCUCACAGCAAGAAGGUCCAGGGUUUGAUCCCCAGGUGGGGCGGUCCGGGUCCUUUCUGUGUGGAGUUUGCAUGUUCUCCCCGUGUCUGCAAUUAGCAGACGCCUUUAUCCAACGCGACUUACAGUACUGUGACAGUAUACAGUCUAAGCAAUUGAGGGUUAAGGGCCAUGCUCAGGGGGCAGCAGCAACCUGGCAGUGGUGGGGCUUGAAUCAGCGACCUUCUGAUUACUAGUCCAGUACCCUAACCGCUAGGCUACAAUGUCCCAUUCUUGUUUCUGUCCUGAAUGUAACCAAAGUGUAAAACAUGACGUUCAAAUCCUAAUAAACAAAGAAGCAAUGUUAUUAAGAAAGUGUAUUUGCACCAUAGGUUGCACCUGGACCUGUAAAAUGAGCUCUGUUUGUUGGCUGUCAUACAACCAUGCAAAGCAAUCACAUGUCCAUCAAAAGUGUUUUUAAUUCUAAUUUUAACAUUUACUUUAAAUUGAACUUACAUACAGUUCUAAGUGUUUCUUGUAGUUCAUCAUAUACGUAUGGUUAAUAUAUGCAAUUUCUACGUGGAGCUAUCUUGUUUUCAGCUCCUUCCACCCUAUCACCAUAAAACAACUGUUAAUUGGUCCACCUAUGCUAUUUGUACCUGCAUUCAGCAGAUAAUCUCAUGUUAAUCAUUUCAGAAUUGAAAAGUAUACAAAGCAAACAUUGGGAGUAAACGGUCAUGCUGUUAAUGGCAGCCUGGUGGUGGGGAUUCUAGUAGAAUUCACCAGUUUUAUUUGUUGGUGGAAGGCUGAUAAAAUUGUCAUUGCCACUAAACACCAGUUAAAUAAAGAAGAAAUGAUUUUGUGUGUUCUUGUGAAGGGAUUUAUAAUCAUCAGUGUGUUAAAUGCUCUGCAACUGUAAAAAGUGUGAUGAUCAUUUAUCCUAAGUGUGUUGAUUAAUUUAAGCACUGACUUUAAAGUGGUAAUUUAUGGGGAAUCAUAUGUAUCUUUAAUUUAUAAAAAUCUGCUUUUGGAAUAA